GUCCCCGCCCCUCACGCCGCGGCGUAGGGCGGACGGGGCGGAAGCGGUCCGGCGGCGGCGGCGGCGGCCAUGUCGGCGGCGGGGGGCGUGGGGCAGCAGUGGGUGCUGGUGGAGAUGGUGCAGGCCUUCUACGAGGCUCCUGCUUACCAUCUUAUUUUGGAAGGAAUUCUAAUUCUGUGGAUAAUCAGACUUAUUUUCUCCAAGACGUACAAACUUCAAGAGCGAUCUGAUCUAACACCUAAGGAAAAGGAAGAGUUGAUUGAAGAAUGGCAGCCAGAGCCACUUGUUCCUCCUGUACCAAAAGAUCACCCAGCUCUCAACUACAACAUUGUUUCAGGUCCUCCCACCCAUAAAAUCACUGUUAAUGGCAAAGAAUGUAUAAACUUUGCAUCGUUCAAUUUUCUCGGACUUUUGGAUAAUGAGAAGGUUAAGAGCGCAGCCCAAGCAUCUCUGAAGAAAUACGGAGUUGGUACUUGUGGACCUAGAGGAUUCUAUGGUACUUUUGACGUGCACCUAGAAUUAGAAGACCGACUAGCAAAAUUCAUGAGGACAGAGGAAGCUAUUAUAUACUCAUAUGGUUUUGCAACAAUUGCCAGUGCUAUUCCUGCAUAUUCAAAAAGAGGGGACAUUGUGUUUGUAGAUGAAGCUGCCUGCUUUGCUAUUCAGAAGGGAUUACAAGCAUCUCGUAGUAACAUCAAGUUAUUUAAGCAUAAUGAUAUGGCUGACCUUGAACGACUCUUGAAGGAGCAAGAGACUGAAGAUCAAAAGAAUCCUCGCAAGGCCCGUGUAACUCGAAGGUUUAUUGUGGUGGAAGGAUUGUAUAUGAAUACAGGAGACGUUUGCCCUCUUCCAGAAUUAAUAAAAUUGAAGUAUAAAUACAAAGUUAGAAUAUUUUUGGAAGAGAGCCUUUCCUUUGGAGUCCUUGGAGAACAUGGGAGAGGAAUUACUGAACACUUUGGAAUAAAUAUUGAUGAUAUAGAUCUUAUUAGUGCAAACAUGGAAAAUUCACUGGCUUCUAUUGGAGGAUUUUGCUGUGGAAGAUCUUUUAUUAUUGACCAUCAGCGAUUGUCUGGUCAAGGCUAUUGCUUUUCUGCAUCUCUACCUCCUUUGUUAGCUGCUGCUGCUAUUGAGGCUCUGAAUAUUAUGGAAGAUAAUCCAGACAUUUUUCAGACUCUCCGGACUAAAUGUGAACAUAUGCACAAGGCUUUACAGGGGAUUUCUGGCUUAAAAGUAGUGGGAGAAUCAUUUUCUCCAGCAUUGCACUUACAGUUGGAAGACAGCAGUGGAUCUCGAGAAAAUGAUGUGAAGUUACUGAAGAGAGUUGUGGAUUAUUGCAUGAAUAGUGGUAUUGCAUUAACUCAGGCCCGCUAUCUGGAGAAAGAAGAAAAAUGUCUUCCUUCACCCAGUAUUCGAGUAGCAGUAACUGUGGAACAAACAGAACAAGAACUGGACAAAGCUGCAUCACUUAUUAAGGAAGCUGCGCAGUCUGUACUGAAUUAACCUGUGGUUUUGAAUUCGUCUUUCCUCAGAUUAUAAGGAUAAAUGUUUUACACUGUAUAGUGAUUUCCACUUUAGAUACUCAAUUUCAUCUGCUGAUGACAUUGAAGCCUGACUAACAAGAUUGUUCCAGAAUGCUAAAAAUGCAGUGAGGUGUAGAAUGCUGAAUUUCAGAAAUGGUGAAUGACACAAUGUACUUACAACUCAAAAAUUACCAUUUAGUAGAAUUUCUUAAAAUGGAAUGUGACUGUUGCAUGUAGGCCUUUUUCCAAGUUUCAUCUUAAGAAGUCUUAAAUUUAUUCCUUCAAACCCUUAAAUGUUUUCAGACAGAGAGAUCAUUCAAAACAUCUAAAAGGUGUAUUUUUCUCAGAGUAUUCUCAGAAUGUACGAGCUUCAAAUAAAUUUCAAAGAAAUUUACUUUUUUCAAAAUGGAAGUUCCUAAUACUGCUGAAAGCGAGAGAAUAACAUAUCAAGACAUAAUUUUGUGCUGCAUUAAGUCGUUUAUAUUGAAUUAUAGAGGGAACUUCAAUUUUUAUUUGUUUUUAUCUUUGUCUAACCAUUUCUGGAAGCAGUUUUUCAAAAUGCCUGGCCAGAUAUUCAGUUAUCUAAAUGGUAAAUUCAUAUUAAACACUGUUUGCUUACUGUAUUUCAUAUGUAAAUAUAUGCAUUUUUAAUAUUAUGGGUGAGAUUUUUCUUGUUAUUAACUUAAACACUUAAACUGAAACUUCUAAGUUGUGAAACUGAUAACAAUUCAAUUACAGUAUGUUCAGUCAGGGGACCUUUGCAGCAGUCUUGAAGAGGAGGCAUAAACAACAAGGAGUAUGAACCAAAGUUUUGAAAUGGCAACCGAAUUCUAGCUUAUUCAAACAACUUUGAAGCACAAAAAUGGUGUGUGCUAAGUUAUAUCUCUAAACAGCUGCUAUGUGUUAGAAGGGAACACUCUGACAGCUAGUAAGAGAAUAGAUGGUACAAGUACUACUGAAAUACAAUCAAUAUGUGCACAUAAAAUCCCCACGUAAUUCGAUAGUAAUAUUUGGAUAUUUAUGCUGUUGGGAUUUUCAGUAAGCACAAAUGGAUAGAAACAUAACAUGAAGCAGAGGAAACUGGUAAGGAAGGAUGACAGUAAGCUGUAUCUUUUUAUAAAAUAAAACUAUAGCUAUGUAUUUCAGCAUUUUUUUUAAGAAUGCCUGUUUAAAAAAACAACUUUGUAUUCUGCCUGAUCUGCAUUUGGGUUGUUUUGUACUUAUGUGGCUUUUUGGUUGCUGCUACAAGGACUACAGUACUAUUUUAAAAGAAAGAUCAUUGUUUAAAUAAAACACUGUAUGUUUGAUUCAAAUUUUUAUGUAUCACAUAAUUAGCAUGAUUCAACUGUAUUUUGUUGAAUAUUCUCCAUCAGAUAAUUAUACUUAAUGUCUCUUUCAGUUGAUAGUGACUCCAUCUUUGCAGUGGUUUUCUGAACUCAGUACAUUUAGAUGAAACUGCUAAAGUUGUUUGGGCACUUUUGUCAGUGGUGCUGCUGGCACUAGAAAUAUUCAAAUCAUUAUCUAUGUAAUGUAGAGGAAUCUUCAUUUCAACAUGAAAGAAUAUUAUUAUUACAUUGACAUUUAUGUUUUUCUCUCAACGGUGAGUAAAAGCCUGUGAGAAACCAACAACUUAAAAGAACAAAAAUGUGAGAAUGGAAGCUGGUUUGUGUUUUACAAGCUGGAACUGAAGUGCCUUCUCAAGAACAAUCACCCUUCUCAGGGCCUUCAGAGAUUUUGAGAGAUGGAAAUUAAAACUUACCACUAUACUUUGAGCUUGUGAGCCAUUUUUGGUUUAAUAAUACAAAACUUAAUUUUCAAAUAAACUCAAGCCUGUGACUUACAGGCUGGGAACAAAUGAGGUGCUUGUAUUCUAGUGCAACAUAAUUGUUUUGAAGUUUAAGGUAAACCUAUGAAGGUAAAUAUGUAAAUGAUUAGCAUUAAAAUAUGAGAUUGCAGAAUCUGUACUGCUUGCAUUUUCUAUUAGGUUGUCUGGAAAUAGGGGAAAACUUUUUUGUUGUUCUCUUGAGAACUAGCAAUAAGCUUUAGAUGUAUUUUAUUGGUUUUAUUAUUGUUUUGUUUUUUUGUUGUUUGUUUUAAAAUAAAGUGACAACACUUAAAUUGGCAGGAAGCAGAGUGGAACUUCUGGCAAUUUCAAAGCCGUAACUAAGUUGUUCUGAUGAGGCAAAAGCUGAAGUAUAUUGAUAAAAGAUACCACUGAUUCAUUUAGCAAACACAUACUCAGCAUUAAAACAUUGGUUAAACUGCCUUUGACAGUUUGUUUUUAAUAAUUAUAUAGGAAAUUAGCACUUAGACUGCACUAAAGCAGAUGCCUUAUUGUUAAUAGCAGUUGAAGUAUUGUUAUUAAUGUGCUUUUUACUGACAGGUUAUAUACAUGGUCUCUGGGAGAAAUUAACAGGCUUAAGCAAUGUAGCUUGUGGAGGGAGAUAUCCCUUGUCAGUUUAAGCAAGUCUGGCCCUCUUCACUUUCACUCUUCUGAUAAAUGUCCCUGUUUGAUAUGGCAAACAAAUGAGGGGAACAAUGGCUGGGGAAAAAGUUGGUUGGGGUUAGUGAGACAGCAGGUGAUUCUGGUUAAACUUUUGACAUUAGAAAAUCAGAGUGGAAGCCUGCUAAGGUGCUUAAAUUCUCAGUGCUCUAGGCUGAUAAAUGUAUGAACAAGCCUGUUUUAGUUGCUUUGUGGUUUUGCUUAGAUGAAGUGGGACUUUUUCACCCAUUUCUUCAGACACUGGAGUGAGGUUGGGGUCUUAGAAACUUGCUGGAAACCUGUUCGGCAGGAUACUGUGAAGUGAAUCCAAAGCAUAAGGGCCCGAUCCUGAACAUCAACAUUUCUAUUGGGGAAAAAAAAAAUCUGGAUUCUUAAUUUUAAUUCAACUUUUUCAUUAUUUUUAUUUUACCCUGCUAAGUAUUUGGAACAGAGUUUAAGCUGAGUGGAAGGAAGCGUCAGGAUGAUAAAUGGGGAUCAUAUUAUAUAUCUUUUUUUUUUUUUUUUUUUCACUAAAGAGAACUAUGUGGUAGUUGAGAAGGAAUGCAUUAUAACUGUAAUAAGGUGGUCAUUUAUUGAAAUUGUUCUGUUGAAAGCAGUUAUUUGCAAUAUACAGGGACUGGGAUAGGCUGGAAAGAAUUUAUACUUUGAAGGUAUUUUUGCUUGAGGAAACAUAUCUAUGAUUUUUUUAAGCCAAGUGAUCUGUUUUUCAUGCAUGUUUAAAAAAUAGUUGAUUGUUAUUUGUAUAGGUUCAUUGUUUUUAUAGGAAAACCUACAGAUGCCUUUUUCUGUUUAUUAUAGUAAUCGUAAUUUUUGGAUAGGAGGUGAAAUGCAUAAGGAAAGUAUUAAGCAAGAAGUAGAGGUAUGGCUGGAUAAUUUUGAUUUUUUUUCCCACUUCUGAAAUAUAAUCCCAGUCACUGCACAGAAUGGUGUACUGUCUCCUUUCUGUCACUCCAUCUGGACUUUAUUAUUUUAAACAGGGUUGUGGAGUGUUGGCAUUCACUGAUCUAUGAAGUUGCUACCGCAAAAGUGUCUUGCAUCUUGAGAUGACUCGAGAACUGUACAUGAGCUGUAAAUGCUGCUUAAACAGAGGAAAUAUUUACAACUAACACAAAGCAUUUGUGCAUUAAACUGUUUCAGUGUCCCAAUAAAAGGAAGUGUCUGGAUAA